GAUAUAUACAUAACGCAACCGUGCGAAUUUCGCGACCAUACUUGCCGGCAUGGUGGAGGAAAAAAGCGACCGUAAAAAGACGAAUACGGUUAUUUUCGAUGUGUCCAAAAAGGAGCCGUUUAGCAUUAACGAAGGAUACAAAAUUCUCCAUAGGAGGCUAAAGAAUUCAUGGCGCGUGGGAUCCAAUCGGGAACAGAUACGUCCAGAAGUUCUCAAGACAUGUGAUGUUUUUGUACUUGCCGGACCACGGGCGAUGUUACUUGACACUGAACGGCAAGCGCUUAAAAGGUUCAUUGAAGAAGGAGGACGCUUGCUUGUGAUGCUUGGUGAUGGAGGAGAAAAACGAUUUCAGACUAAUAUUAACGUUCUUCUCGAGGAGUACGGCUUAAUGGUAAACAGUGAUGUAGUGAUUCGCAACGUCUACCACAAAUACUUUCAUCCGAAAGAAGCUUUUGUUAAUAACGGGGUUCUUAAUCGGGCCUUACUCGAGCUCGCUGGAAAACGGGUAGAUUCAGCUCAAGAAAAAAGAAACUCCCAGGGAUUGGCUUUUGUUUACCCUUACGGAGCAACACUAAAUGUGUCUCGAAAUUCCAUUGCGUUACUGUCCACUGGCACAGCAUGUUUUCCACUGCAGAGACCUGUCUGUGCACUUCAUCAAGGGCCCAAUUCAGGCAGAAUUGUCGUGUUGGGCAGUUGCCACAUGCUUGCCGAUCUAUAUAUUGAUAAGGAAGAGAAUAACAAAAUUCAGGAUAUCAUAAUGCAACUCCUGACCCGGGAAGACGUAAAGCUGAAUCAAAUUGAUGCACGAGAUCCUGACAUAACGGAUUAUACCACAGUGCCAGAUAUUGCUUACCUAGCCGACAGACCACUCGGAUGUUUGGAUGAGAGUGAAGAACUUCCCUCUGAUUAUAUGAACCUUUUUGAGCUCAACCUUUUCAAGCUUGACAACCUCGCUUUGCCUACGGUGUUGGAUAGUUACGAAGAGCUGCAAAUAAAACACGAGCCACUAGGCCUUAUUCGGCCACACUUUGACUCGCCGUUCCCCCCUCUUAUUCCAUCAGUAUUUCCGCCCCAAUUUCGUGCACUCAAAGACCCCGGACUUGAGUUGUUCGAUCUCGAUGAAGAAUUUAGCUCGCAGAUGGAACGACUUGCUCAAUUGACCAAUAGGUGCACCGACGAUGACCUUGACUAUUAUAUUCUGGAAGCUGGCGAGAUCCUAGGUGUAUUUCAGAAUUCUUCAGUGAAAAGGCAAGCCGCUGCUGUAUUGGAUCAUAUCUUCACGCAAGUGUGCGAGUUCAAAAAGCUGAACCAAGACUAAACAAGAAGUCCCACCGUCAGAAUUCACUUGGUUAUAUAUAUAUAUACAAGAUAGCUAUUAUGUUUUUUCUGUAAAUAUCCUAAUUUUGAAGCACUGUGUUAUUAUUGUAUCUAACAAAAUGAUUUGCCUUAAUUUGCAUAAAAAUAGGUUAAAAUUACUGUUAUUAUAUGCUUUCCAAUACAUCAUUGGUAAAUCUAGAAAAGUAUCUGCAUUAAGCGUUCUUCUCUACGAUGAUUAAAGCCAAAUUGCUUGUAGCCGUGGAGUAGCGCUAACUUUUAUUAGAUACAAAAGGAUCGUGAUUUAUAAACUUUGAAGCUUCACACACCAUCUAAAUAAGAGGCCCAACAGUUUCGAUCUUUCAAAAUAUUUGUGUGAUUAAAAUAUUGCCAUUGUGGUUUAAAAACAUAAUUGUCCACAAAAAUGUCAACUCAAUGUCGUAAUUGAAAAAACCUUUUACGGUAUAAUAUUUUUUUAAUACAACGCAAUAGUGUAAAAACUGAGAGUACAACAAAAUAAUGAAGUAACUGAAGGAAAACAUAUGUUAAAUAGUUACAAAAGAAAUAAAAUAGAAUAAAUCUCCCGAAAUCCAAUCUCACCUUCUUUUAUAUAAAGAUAGGUUAGGUGCUGCACCACUAGUUUCGCGAUGGCCAAU